GUUACGGAGUGGGCCGGUAGCCGGCUGUACGCAGCCGCAGUUACAGAGUGGGCCGGUAGCCGGCUGUGCGCAGCCGCAGUUACGGAGUGGGCCGGUAGCCGGCUGUGCGCAGCCGCAGUUGCCGAGGGGUCGCCAUGUUGCUGUCAGAGCGGAGCGGGCCCGCGGCCUAAGGCGGGUUUUGAAUCGACACCGAAAGAGAAGCGGCUGGAGCUGGGGCCGGGACCGGCGGCUGAGGACAUCCCGACUCUCCGUGACCAUGAGGUGGACAGAGGCGCAGCGGCCGGGCGGAUACAGCGGCGACACUGUGAGGGAACCGAGUCGGUGAAGAUGGCGGCGGCAGUGCGGCGGGAGGCCCCCCUCAUGGGAGGCUUCAUCCUCGCUUGUUCCUUCUUUUUGGGAGACGUGGAAUGUUCCGGAAUGGCUGCCUGCCAUGGGAGGCUGGAACCACACAAAGAGCACCGUGGAGUUAUCUACAGCCCUUCCUGGCCCAUGAAUUAUCCUCCAUCCAUGAACUGCAGCUGGUACAUCCAGGGGGACUAUGGAGAUCUCAUAACCAUCAGCUUUCAGAAUUUUGACCUAGAGAAUUCUCACAAAUGUACGGUGGACUGGCUGAUGAUUGGGCCGACACCAAAACGAGAGGAAUACAGAAUGUGUGGCUCGUACACCCCCCAACCCUUCAUCUCCACAAGAGACCACGCCUGGAUCUUCUUUCAUUCCGAUCCAACUAGCUCAGGUCGCUCUCGGGGAUUCCGACUGUCCUAUAUCCGAGGGAGACUGACUCAGAGCAGCUGCAAGCCGGACGAGUUCCUGUGUGGGAACGGCAAAUGCAUCCUGAGCACCUGGAGAUGUAAUGAUAUGGAUGAAUGUGGAGAUAACUCUGAUGAGCAGCAUUGUCAGCUCCCCCCAACCAUACCGCACACAAGCCCGUGUUCAGCUAGAACAUUCCGUUGCCUGGUGAAUGAUGCCCCCCAGUGCCUCCCGAUGAAAGUUCGGUGCGAUGGCAGCAUGGAUUGUGACCAGGGAACAGAUGAGGAAAACUGUCCUGAUACCAGCUGUGGCAAGAAAAUGGCCAAUUUCUACGGUUCGUUUGCUUCACCGGACUACUUCCGAUCCCAGCAAGACAGGGCACAGUUGGACUGUACCUGGGUGGUGGAUACUCAGGACAGCAGGCACAUUGUGUUGCAGCUGAACCUACAGUUGGGUUACAACGAUAAGAUGCUUGUGUAUGAUGGAGCAAGCAAGGAGCAGAGCAGACUGCUUCAGGCAUUAACCUUCCGUAAUAAUGGGCACACUAUCACCAUUGAGUCCUCACAAGGUCAAAUCACCGUCUUCUACCACACUGACCCUGGCAGCACAGGCCAUGGUUUCAAUGCCACGUACCAGGUGAAAGGCUACUGCCUUCCACAACAGCACCCUUGUGGGAAUGACGGGGGCUGUUUUGCAGAUACUCAGCGCUGUGAUGGCUGGUGGCACUGUCCGAACGGCAAGGACGAGGAGAACUGUGCUGCCUGCCAAAAAGAUGAAUACCCAUGUGGGGGCACCAGCGGCAUGUGCUACCCACUGGCAGAUCGCUGUAACAACCAGAAGAACUGCCCUGAUGGCUCUGAUGAGAAAAACUGCUUCUCCUGCCAGCCCGGGAAUUUCCACUGUGGCACCAAGAUCUGCAUCUUUGAGCAAUGGCGUUGUGAUGGCCAGGAGGAUUGCCAGGAUGGCAGUGAUGAACAGAACUGUCUGAUGGUGGUGCCAAGGAAAGUGAUCACAGCUGCCCUCAUUGGGAGCCUGAUAUGUGGCCUCCUGCUGGUCAUUGCCUUGGGCUGUGCUUUCAAACUGUACUCCCUUCGGACCCGCGAAUACAGAUCAGGUUUCCUUUUUUGUUUUAGAGCUUUUGACACCCCCAUGACCCGGCUGGAGGCCGACUUUGUACAACGUGAGGCUCCCCCAUCGUAUGGACAGCUGAUUGCCCAGGGACUCAUUCCACCUGUCGAUGACUUCCCUGUCUACAACCCAGCUCAGGCCUCUGUCCUGCAGAACCUACGCUCAGCUAUGAGACGCCAAAUUCGUCGCCACGCCGCACGCAGGAUGUCCCCACGUGGACGCCUCAGCAGGAUUUGGAGCAGGUUCUUCCAGAGACCCAGGAGCUGGGGGCUUAUACCUCUGCUCACCCCAACCUCUGCCUCAACUGCUCCAUCAUCUCAUCUGGAUCAGAGUGAGACAGUGCGGAACUGCCAACAGGAUGAGAGCCGGCGAAACUGUGUACAACCUCAACAGGAGCCUGACUCAGACACUGACACAGAGACCGAUCGACCAGUUGGUGAAACGUCAGGGAUUACGACAAAUGCCUUGAUGUUAGAAAACUCAGUGCCAAAAGCUUCUUCAUCGCCCAGCUCAGAUGGUCAGACAGAGCUGCAGACCCCUUGCUUACUGCACUCUUCAAGUUCUGAGGAGACUUGUAGCACUGACUUUGACUUCCCUCUCAGGCAGUCAUCAAGAAGCAGCUGUAGCAGAGGUGUGCGUAUCCGUGAGCCCCUGUCUAGCAAUCUGGAGUGGAGCUUCAGCAGCCGCCGACACCACUUUCGGCCUGGCUCUCGCACCGUCUCCAUGAGGUCUGCAGGAGGCAGGGCCAGGAGCUCGAUUACAAUGAAUAUAACAGUGCUGGGGAGAAAUUACUUUUCAGCAGAAUCCGACCAUCACCAAGAUCCCAGGCAGCAGAGUUUCACCUCGGUUUCUCCUGCAUGCAGGAGUCAGUGUUGCAGUUGCCCAGAGUCUGUGACAGAAAGACCAUGUUCCCUAUCAAUGCCUCGCCACAAACACAUCUGUGCAGAGACCCCAUCGCCAGAGCCUUCCUUCCGGAACCCCUUCCGCCAGUCAGACUCCAGGAGUGAUGAGCCAGCCCUGCUUGAUUGCUAAGAAACCCCCCUUAUCUCCAUAGUGAUAUUUUCAAUGGGGAAUGCUUUCUGAUAUUUUUAUUGCUACAGUAUUUUUUAAAACAGUUGUUUCCUUCUCCAACAACCAAAAAAAAAGGAGAACCACAUAUCACUGAAGCUGCUUUUGAAUGUAAUGCAUUAUCACGGAGGUCGUGCUGGAUUCAGCAGUGUCCUUAAUUGGAACACCAGUUGCAUUUACAAUCACCUGACAUUUGUGUCACCAAUGUUAUUUAAAGCAUUUAGCCAUUGUAUGGUUCAAUACGUGGCUGUAAAUGUUGAUGAGACUUUAAAUGACCUAUUUAUACAGUUGAACCCAUCAUUCCUGAAGAGUGCCAAUGAAUCUCAGGAGUUGACAUAAAUACACAGCAAUAUGAUUCUCACCACUGCAGAUGGUAUCUUGGUUUCAGUUCUGUAAUACCUGCUUCCAGGAAAUAGUCGGGAGCGUCUUCAGAAUGUCUACGCAAAAUCUGGACAACUUCUUACCAUCAUAAGCUAUUCCAGACUCUUAACAGGCAGGUUUGAGGCUGGAAUUUGUAGAGGGACUGAUUAUUGCAACUAUCUUUCAGUUUCUGUUCCACCUUCUGGCUUCUCUAUACACUUUAUCUAUCCAUUGCUUUCUGGCUCCGUCUUUCUUGGCCUUCCCAAUCUGCAUCUGUCUCUCUGCAGUUUGUUUCAAUGACUGCCUGUCUCACUGUGGAUUUGCUCCUCUUUCCUGUUUCCUAUCUGUCUGGAGUUUGCAGUUUUCUUUCUUACUCUUUUUUUCAUUCUCCCCUCUCCCCCUUUCUGUCUCUUCGUUCUCUCUCGCUCCCUCACUCUUUCUUCUCUCCCCUGAUAUUUCUCUUUUCUAUCUCCUUUCCCCUCUCUGUUUGCACUGUAAGUUUCUUCUGUCCAGUGUGGGCCACUGAGCACCCAUUGUCUGUGGUUUCUUAUUGUCACUGCCCAUUCUCUCUGUUUCUUUUCCUUGUGAUUAUCCUCUGACUUGAUUAAAACCUUGGGAUAGAGCCGAUUAAAUGUACAAACCAAACAAAGUAUGAAAUUGCAA